AUGGAGCCACCCCUCGAGCUGAUAGCAAAAGCUACACCAUAUGGAAUUCUUGAUCUUCCAGACCACAUCGUUCAUCACAUCCUUAAUUUUUGCACCUUUAAAGAGAUUGCAAAAUUCAGCACUUUAUCUCGAAGAUGCAGAGAUCUUUCAAUUUCAGUUCCCAACUUGGAAAUUUGGUUCGACAAUACACAAUUUAGUAAACAUGUCAAAAGAACAAACACUUACAAUGAGGAUUUCAAACUAGAAUCUUGCCUAAAACAAGUAGCUCGGUGCAAUGUUGAGAAGCUAUCAAUUAAGGAACAUACAAAGAUUGGGACUUUAGUGUUGCCUGUGUAUUUCGAUGGUUGCAUUUACUCACCCGGAAACAUUGUUACUAUUGGUACUAGAGGCGAUAUCAAGGUUCUUUACUCACCCGGAAACAUUGUUACUAUUGGUACUAGAGGCGAUAUCAAGGUUCUCAACUUGCCCACAGUUGGUUUUGGUUUUCUUCGGAAACUGCAACUUAGUGGUGUUCCAAUCGAGCUCAAGUCGUUUGGAGAAUGGAUGUCGUGUUAUUGCAAGUCUUUGCAGGAGUUGAGUCUUGUCAAUGUUGACUGGGGGGCAGGGACUAGCCUUGACAUUACAAACACAAGUCUUGAGUAUUUGAAAAUAGUUGAAUGGGAUCGUAUUGUAUAUAUCUCUACAGUUAAUAUUUCAGGUUGCAGACUUGCUUCUAUCUCUUUGUACUGGUUUUCCAAUGGGGGAUUACAAGAGGUAACAAUUUAUGCUCCUAAACUUGUCUGUUUGACAAUGGAAGGACAAAUUGCUGAGAAUUAUCAUUUAGGAAGCUUCAAUUCUCUGCAAAGUGCUUCCAUUUUUGCUAAAACCAAUCUUGUUGAUGUUUUAUGUGCAAACUAUGCCUCAACUACUGCUCGAAAUGCUUAUGAGAUUCUUCAGAGUGUCAAACAUGCCAAAGAGCUUGGUGUAGGUAUCUUAUUUCUGGAGGUUUUGUUCACAAAAAUAUUUCCAUCAUCUUCAUUGCAUAAUGUGCAGAGCUUGAACCUACAGCUCACUCCUGAUUCUGAGAAAAACCAUUUCCCAAUAAUUGCCUCAUUUCUUCAGAGAUUGCCUAAUUUACAAUCUCUUGUCAUGAGAACUUGCUUUGGUGCACCUUCCAAUGGCUAUGAGAGCGACGAUGACAAUGUGGACGAUGACAAUGUGGACGAUGACAAUAUGGACGAGAACAAUGUGGACGAUGUCGAUGUACGUAUGGAAUGGGAAUUGGAAACCCAAAAGCUGAUUGAUAAACUGAAGUCAGUAGAGAUGGAGCUUAACAAAACUAGUUUUUCUGUGGAGACAUGGGAAUCCAAGAGCCUGAAGCUAAUUGAUAGACUGAAGAAAGUGGAGAUGGAGCUUAGCGAAGGAAAGAAUGCAUUGGAAUUCAUUAAAUACUUGCUUAAGCACGCGAAAUCACUAGAGAAAUUAACAGUUUAUUACUCUCCAGAAGAGCAUCCCAAUCCCUCAGAGAUUAUCAGACCAAUACAAGCAUUCAGAAAUCUUUCUUUUAUGGCUACUGCCGUUGAUCUUCUGCCAAUGGAACAAUUAUUACCUAUCAUAGUUUUAUUAUAUAUUCAAUUCUAG